AUGGCGUUGCGUUUUGCUUCUCCCCGCGCUGCGCUUUCGGAUGAGGAGGAGGGAGGGGCCCCCGUGCUGGAGUCGACGGCAGCGGAGAUGGGGGGUCUUGCCGGGUCGAUGCGCUGCGGGGCGACUUUGCAUGAGAUAUCCCUGAUCGCCCCUCUAGCUGAGCUCCACAAACUGAAGAAAGAGACAGAACGGUUGAACGCGGGAGCUGACGGACGAGAGGGCGUGGAAGACGAGGGGAGCACGGAGAGGUUGAGGGUGUACCUCCGCAUCCGUCCUCUGACUGAGGGAGAGAAGGAGAGAGGGGAGGAGCAGGGGUGUGUGUGUGUUCACGAUGAAGAGACCCUGCUGCUCCGAGCCCCCAGAGACUCCCUCAACAUGAGGAGCACAGAGAGAGGAGUUUCCCAGAGCGUGCACAAGUUCACCUUCACACAGAUUUCAGGCCCUGAGACGACACAGCAGGAGUUUUUCAACCGCACCAUGAAGGAGACGGUGUGGGACGUCCUACGUGGGGAGAACAGGUUGCUUUACACCUACGGCGUCACCAACUCCGGCAAGACCUACACUGUCCAGGGCAUGGGGCACGAGGCGGGGCUGCUCCCCCGGGCACUGGUGUCUGUCUUUGGGAAGCUGAGGGGGCGGCUCUAUAACUCCCUGGACCUGAAGCCGGUUUUGUGCCAGGAGGUCCGGCGGCUGGACAGCAGUGAGGUCAGGGCCGAGGAGACCCGCCGAGACGCCCUGCUCAAAGAGGAGGAAUCCAUGACGUCCCAGCAUUCCCGGCUGCGAGGCGGGGUCAGCAUCAGCUGUGACAGUGGCAUCGGGGGGGUGUCCUUAGCCAGCUGCACCGCCACCCACCUGGAAGAUUCGGACAACGUGUGCCUAGACGCAGACUCUCUGUCCCACAGCGAAGGGGAGGAGCUGGCAGAAGGGGUGCAGUUUUCGGUCUGGGUGUCCUUUUUCGAGAUCUACAACGAGUUCCUGUAUGACCUGCUGGAGGCUCCGCCCACGCUGCAGUCCAGGAAACGAGCCACGCUACGUCUGAAUGACGAUCGCUAUGGCAACCCAUAUGUCAAGGAUCUUACCUGGGUGCAGGUGCGCAGCGCAGAGGAGGCCUGGAGGGUGCUGAGGAUCGGCCGCUGCAACCAGAGCUUUGCCAGCACUCACCUGAACCACAGCUCCAGCCGCAGCCACAGCAUCUUCUCCAUCCGCAUCCUGCACAUCCACCCAGAGGGGGACUGUGGGCGGAACACCCACAUCAGCGAGCUGUCGGUGUGUGACCUGGCUGGGUCAGAGCGCUGUAAGGACCAGCGCAUUGGGGACCGCAUGAAGGAGGCCAACAACAUCAACACCUCCCUCCACACGCUCGGCCGCUGCAUCAGCGCGCUCAGACACAACCAGAGCAACAAGUCUCGGCCCCCCCUUGUGGUUCCUUUCAGGGACAGCAAGCUGACGCGGGUGCUGCAGGGGUUCUUCUGUGGGCGUGGCCGCUCCUGCAUGGUGGUCAACAUCAACCCCUGCGCCUCCACGUACGACGAGACACUGCAGGCACUUAAGUUCUCCGCCAUCGCUACACAGCUGGUCCACGGCCCGUCCACCAAGACACGCGUUGCCUUCAUCCAAUCGCUGCUUCGAGAGCACGGGCUGCGGACCAAUGACAGCGCCCGGGAAGAGGAGGAAGAGUAUAGCGAGGACGAAGAGGGCGAUAUCAGCAUGUUUGACUCCGAGGCGCUGCUGCGGGCCAUCGAGGUGCUGAAGGGGGAGGUGCAGAGGCAGCGGGCGGAGAGGGAGGCGCUGGAGGCCAGCAUGAGGGAGCAGGUGUGCGGCGAGAUGAUGGAGGUCAUCUCACGCAUGGAGAAGGACUUCAGUGAGACGCUGGAGACGGAGAGAGCGCUGAUGGAGGAGAGGUACGAGGACAAGGUCAACAACCUGCAGAAAAACCUGAAGAGGUUCUACAUGCAGGAGAUGGAGGAGCGUGACGAGCAGAUCGAGCAGCUCACCGCAGACCUGAGGAGGGGCAGAGAGGAGGCAACAGGAGCGGCGGAGACCCCCCGAUGCUCCCGAAAGCAGGCAUCCCUCUCCUCCUCUUCCUCCUCCUCCUCCUCCUCCUCCUCCGCCUCUUCCUCCUCGUUGUUGGAGGAGCUGAGCAGAGUUCGGGCGGAGCUGGAGGUGUGUCGCUCGGAGCUGCUGGAGAAAACGCAAGAGCUGAGGCGUUACCAGGGUCUGCUCACACUGCCUGCCCCAUCCAGCACACUCACCUCUGCUGUGGAUCGCAAGCUUCAGGAGGGCCAGAGGAGUCUGCGUCAGCUGCGCCUGGACUUGCAGCGCCUGGGGGUGGAGCUGCAGUCAGCAGAGAGGGCCUGCUGCCACAGCACCAGUGGGGAGAGACUGCGCCACACGCUGGCCAGCGCCGACACCACGCUCGCCAAGCAGGACCAGACUUUGGGGGAGCUUCAGAACAGCCUGCUGCUGGUGAAGAUGGACCUGAAGAAGAAGACUGACAGGCUGGCACAGCUGCAAGCCCCUCCCCCUCCCCCGGUCCCACCAACCCCUGGCUCCUGCAAGAAGAGAGGGUGUGGCGGGGGCAGGGCCCCCGACGGCGAAAACCACCGCCCUGAGAAACGGGCUUUCCUCCGCUCGUUCCUCUCGGGACGCACCCCGUCACGGAACGCCCCAACCCCCCGCACCCCCACCACUCCAGCCACGCCCUACUCCAGAAUCUUGCGCCCGCGUCAGCGAUCGCCCCCGCCCAGCCCCUCCCCGCACCACAAAACCCAUAUGUGA